GGAGCACCAUAGGUCGACUAUUCCCUCUUUUGAGUUGAAAGAUCCAAGUGUGUAUUUCAAUUUUCUUGGGUCUCUUCUGAUGCACGCAAACACUUUUAGAAAAGAAUCUUUUAUGAUUUGAUGAUACUACCAGGAAAACAGAUGCCCUUUCCUUCUUACAACAUGAAUUGAAGAUUUCUCCUUUCUAUUUCAGGCCCAACAAAUUUGAAUAUGACAUUGGAUAAGAAAUCUGAAUCCAGCAAUUCAAGGAAAAGAAAUUGAUAACACAACAGCAAUUGAUAAAUUAAAUUAGACAACCCCAAAUUAAAAACACACACACACAUUGAUAGCCACAGAAGAAAACGGAUAACAGUUAGAAACUAAAUUAACCUCCAGCUGCUGCUAAUCAUAUGAAGCUGGGGGCCUGGGGCAGGAGGACUGACCUCUUCAGGUUUUCUGCACAGAAUCGUAUGCAUUGGAGUAGGGUUGUUGAUAGCCGUUAUAUUUACUUGUGUUUAACAUAAGUAUUUAUAAGUAUUUGUUGAAGAAAAGAAGAGAAAUCGGGCAAAUACCUCCAGAAUGAGAGCUUGAUCAUAAAACAUUGCGAUGAACGACUUUUUGGACCAAGAGAAUGACGUUCUGCCCAUAAUUUGAGUAUAACGUAUUCUAUAGAACUCGAAAUCACUCGAUUCGAGUUUCAUGUGAAUGCUAACUCAAUAAGGUACAAAUGUUAUGAAGACGUCAUGACCAAAAUAUGAAAGGAACAAGACUCAAUCAACCAACAAAGUCAGAUGUUGCUGGUGGGAUUUCAGGAUGCAUACCUCUCAGUGUUUUAUCCAUAUCUCUUGAUUGGCUGAAUAAAAUCAUGUCAUUCAAGUUUUGUUGGAUAGAAGACUUCAUUAUCUACAACUUUGGUGAAGGAAUCAUGUCCAAAUUCGUAGCGGAACAUCCCCAAAAUCCCAGGACAAAACCGACACCGGAAUUUGCACCAAACCGGCGCCCGUUUGUUGAUUUUCACAUGUACACAAACCAGUAGCUUACCCGGCGCCGGGUAGGCCUUAUACCCGGCGCCGGGUAGGCCAAAAUUUCAUAUUUCCCUGCGCACAAUGAAGAACCGGCGCCGGGUAGGCCUGAAGGCCGGCGCCGGGUAGGCCUGAUCCUGCAAAUACAAAAGAUCGUGCUGAGAUAUAUUGAUGGAAAAAACUCACCUUCCUCAUGAGCUAAUCAAAUAUAUCUUCCAUGCUUGAUUGUUGGGCUCGAAUAGACUAAAAGAUGUCAAUCUUUAGCCUAUAUAAAGCCCCCAAUUCAUCAAACCUCAUCAUCAAUCCAUUCUUGGAGCAAAAAAUUCACUUUUUAUAUUUUAUUUUUUGCAUUCUCUUGAAGUGUUGGAGAAGAAGCCAUUUCUCUCCUCUACAAUUGGUUCUAGGUAUUAUUUCUUGUAUGUUAUUGUAUUUCCUUUAUCUUAGUUACACUUUUGUAAUUAAUAUGAGCAUUAGAGGCUAAGUUCUUAGCUAAGGCUAGGGAUGAACUUCUAUGCCUACUAGGUGUUUGAUAAAAGUUCUAAACCAAUAAAUUGUGAUUUAUCCUUUACAUUUUGAUUGUUUAUAACUAUGGUGUACAACAUAGAAGUAUGUUAAACUUAGUUUAUGCUUGCAAUUAACGUUGAGGUCUAAACUAUGAACAUUAAAGGAUAAACAUAUAUAUUACUGAGAAUAGAAAUAUAUCCGGUAUUAUAUGAUACGGGUGUGAUGUCUUGAUAUUCAACGGGGUUUUCGGUAGAUGAAUGUAAGCCGUAACGGGACUUACACGUAACGAAAACCACGCUCUCGCUGCCUUAACCGGAGUUGAGAAUAUAUUAGCGACAUCGUAUUCAUAAUUAUUAGUAAAGAACUAAUAUUCAACCCUAUUAAAGCAUUUAAGUGAUUCCCGAAGCCUUAGUUGUUGUUAUCAAUCACUUUAAUCAAAUUAAUUCAAGUUAUAUCUCCGAAAAUUAAAAAGAAGAACCAAGUUGUUGUUUUCACAACAACACACAACUCAAAAUCCCUGCACUUUACUCAUUUACUUAUUCAAAGUCAUCUACUCGCGGACUAAAUUAAACAACGUUUCCCUGUGGAUUCGACCCGGUAUUUUACCGGAAUUUAUUACUAUAUCGGCACUUGUACACUUGCAAGUUCAGCCCGGUCAAGUUUUUGGCGCCGUUGCCGGGGAAACGGUCUUGUUUAAUAAAGUCCAAACAAUCAACCAAUCAAAAAUCCUGAAUUUAUUUUUCACAAUUUCACUUGAUCUUGGAAGGAUUUUUGUUUUUGCUUGUGUAGAUAUUCCCUUGUGUUUGCAUGCAAUUGAGAGGUCAAGGUUCUAAAAUUCUUGAACCACUUGAUCUUGAAAUAGAAAAAACUUGCAAACACAUUCGAAGAGAGCAAAAAACUACAAAGAUGUUGCCAACUUUGAAUGAGAGGAAGAGACCCGUGGUGGCCGCUACACCAUCUUGCAUCACCUUGAGCGAGGAAGCAAGAGACUAUGAGCUAAGGCAAAGCUACUUCAACGCUAUGCCUCAGUUUCAUGGUUUGCUUGGGGAAAAUCCACUCAACUUCAUCACGGAGUUCUACGAAUUCAUUCAAGGAAUCCCUAGAAAUGGCUUGGCGGAGGAUCAACUCAAGCUCAAAUGCUUCCCCUAUACUCUCAAAGGGGCGGCAAGAGGAUGGUUCCUAGAGCAAGCUCCGGCAAGCUACACAACAUGGGAAGGUAUAUACAAUGCCUUCAUGUCUAAGUACUACACGCCCACCAUGACUCAAGAGCUUAGACAACGCAUUUUCAAUUUCAAACAACAAAAUGGUGAGCUCUUUCAAGACGCAUGGCGGCGUUUCAAAUCAUUGCUAAGGGAAUGCCCACAUCACCGCAUUCCCCUAGACCUUCAAAUUGACACGUUCUACAAUGGUUUGAAUGCACCUUGUCAAGCCAUUGUGGACAACCGAGCCGAGGGCUACAUUGGAAAUAAAAAUGAAACUGAGGCACUCCGAAUCAUUGAAUCUAUUGCCUCAAAUCCUCAACUUCAAGGAGGCGAUUACAAGGUGGUCGGGAUGAAUGAAAUCUCUAUCACAACCGAGAUUAACAAAAGGCUUGAACAAAUGGAAUCAAAAAUUGAGCAAAAAUUCCAAACGGCCCUUCAAGCCGUAUUGGGAGGAGUCAAGCAAAUAGCUAAUGUGGAGAGCAUUCAAAGUCCGGAAGGCAAUUUAUCUCAACAUCUUGAAGAGGUAAAUUUCAUGAACUCUUAUGGGAACCGGGGAAACAAUAAUCCUUCUAAUCAACAAAGGUGGAACCAAGGGAGCAAUUGGAAGCCACAACCCCAAUCCGGAGCACCUAAUUUUGGGCCGUGCAAGGAAACCACCAUGGAGGAUAUGAUGCAAUUCAUAUCCAAGAGCAUGGAAAGCAUGAAGGCUCAAAAUGAAGAGAACCAUAGUAGAGUGGAGGCAUCCAUUGGGAAUCUCCACUCUCAAUUCAACAAGUUGGAUCUUCGCUUUGAAGAUCAAAAUAUAAAGCUCAACCAACGCAUCGACACCAUUGAGCAAUAUGCCAAGGCGUCAAUCCGAAAUCUUGAAGUUCAAUUGGGGCAACUCGCCCAAAAAGUGAGUUCUAGAGAGCAAGGUAAACUCCCUACAACUACGGAGGUAAACCCGAGGGAGAGCGUCAUGGCCAUUACCACAAGAAGCGGGAGGCAAACGGAGGAUCCCAAGAUGCCGGAGAGAAGAAAGACACCGGAGGAACAAGAAGAGGUUUCACAUACACCGUUGCCACCUAUUAUGCCUCAAUAUGUUCCUCCCAUCCCUUAUCCACAAAAGUUGAAGAAGAAAGGAGAUGAGAAGAAACACAAGAAAAUUCUUGAUAUUUUCAAGAAAUUGAGCAUCAACAUACCUUUUGCGGAGGCCAUUGCGGAGAUUCCAUCAUACGCAAAAUUUCUCAAAGGCAUCAUCUCCAACAAAAAGAAGUUAGAGGAAUUCGCAACUGUAGCACUAACGGAGGAAUGUAGUGCCAUUAUUCAAAACAAACUUCCUCCAAAACUCAAAGACCCCGGAAACUUUACUAUUCCAUGCUCUAUUGGAAAAAUCGGGGAGGUAAGGUCUCUUUGUGACCUUGGUGCUAGCAUAAAUCUUAUGCCCUACUCCCUAUUUAAAAAGCUAAGUGUGGGGGAACUCCAACCAACAACGGUUGCUUUGCAAUUAGCGGAUAGAACAAUCCGCUAUCCGAUAGGUAUCAUGGAGGAUGUCCUUGUGAAAGUUGGAAAAUUCUACUUCCCGGUAGAUUUUCUUGUUUUGGACAUGGAAGAGAUGGAAGUUCCAGUCAUCCUUGGGAGAUCAUUUUUGGCCACCUCCGCAGCCGUCAUUGAUGUACAAGCGGGAACCGUAAGACUAAGAGUGGGAGAAGACGAUGAAACAUUCCAUGUAUGGAAAACACAAUCCAUUCUAACUCAAAACUUGGAGGUCAACACAAAUCCUUUUACUCCUCCCAAGCCCAUAAACAUCAUGGACAUCAAGAAGGCACAAAUAUUUGGGCCCGAGGACCCUCCCACACACCCCGAGAGCAAAAAGAACAGGCCUCCAACUCCAUGGCCUCCCCACGAUCUCAAAAAGGUAACAUUGGUCAAACGUCUUCGGGAGCACAAUCACACGUGAGAGGUACGUUGCGUCCGGCCUAUGACGUUAAACUGAGCGCUAAUUGGGAGGCAACCCAACAAAUUCAAUUAUAAAUAAAUAUGUUUAGUUAAAUACAUAUUCAUAUUUAUUUAUAAUUGAAACAACAACAAAAAAACACAAAAAAAAACAAAAAAAAAAAGAAAAAGAAAAAGAAGCAUCAUCUAAACUCAUGUAUCAUGCAUCUCCUACUCUCACAAGACGGCCCAUUCCGCUAUUGAAGAUUUCAUCUUCCAUUACAUCCUCCAAUGUACAUUGAGGACAAUGUAUCUCAAGUGUGGGGGGUGCAUCUCAUGGUUAGUUAAACAAAUUUUGUGUGCAAAAUAAUAUUUUUUUAGGAAGGUAAAAGUUGUGAUAAUUCUCUUUUUAAUGGGUAUUUGGUUGAGAAAGUUUUUAUUAUUCACAUAAACUAUCAUUUUUUUUAGAUUUAUUACACUACUUUUACUCUUGAAAAUCAUUCCCAAAAUAAACCUUGUGACUAGGAAACAUCAUCUUCUUCCAUGUCCAAAAAUGGUUUAAGUACAUCUCAAAUAUUCAAGAACCAUUUUGGAAAACAAGCCACCCUCAUGUCUCAUCAAAUAAAUUGGGAUCAUCAAAAUGACUUUCAGAAAAUACUUGUGAGAACCAAUUCAAAUGAGUUAUAAAAAAAAACCUCAUGGUCUCUCCCAAGAACUCCAAUUGAUCCAAUUCUAUACUGAAAAGUCAAAUACACCAAAAAGCCAUUCUACACACCCAAAAAGUCUUAGUCACAAUCCACUCAUCUACUCUCAAGUGUAUAAGUCAUUUUUCUAAAUCUAAUGAUAGUUUUGUGUGUCUAAUAGAAAUUUGGUUUUGGACCGAGAAUGAUAAAGGAGUUUACAUAAUUUUAUACCUCCCUUAAAAAUAAAAUUAUUUUUGUGCAUAUAUUUUUGUUGAAACUAACCAAGGCAUCCAAGGUGAAGAAAUUGCUCGAGGACGAGCAAUGCUCAAGUGUGGGGGGAUUUGAUAGCCGUUAUAUUUACUUGUGUUUAACAUAAGUAUUUAUAAGUAUUUGUUGAAGAAAAGAAGAGAAAUCGGGCAAAUACCUCCAGAAUGAGAGCUUGAUCAUAAAACAUUGCGAUGAACGACUUUUUGGACCAAGAGAAUGACGUUCUGCCCAUAAUUUGAGUAUAACGUAUUCUAUAGAACUCGAAAUCACUCGAUUCGAGUUUCAUGUGAAUGCUAACUCAAUAAGGUACAAAUGUUAUGAAGACGUCAUGACCAAAAUAUGAAAGGAACAAGACUCAAUCAACCAACAAAGUCAGAUGUUGCUGGUGGGAUUUCAGGAUGCAUACCUCUCAGUGUUUUAUCCAUAUCUCUUGAUUGGCUGAAUAAAAUCAUGUCAUUCAAGUUUUGUUGGAUAGAAGACUUCAUUAUCUACAACUUUGGUGAAGGAAUCAUGUCCAAAUUCGUAGCGGAACAUCCCCAAAAUCCCAGGACAAAACCGACACCGGAAUUUGCACCAAACCGGCGCCCGUUUGUUGAUUUUCACAUGUACACAAACCAGUAGCUUACCCGGCGCCGGGUAGGCCUUAUACCCGGCGCCGGGUAGGCCAAAAUUUCAUAUUUCCCUGCGCACAAUGAAGAACCGGCGCCGGGUAGGCCUGAAGGCCGGCGCCGGGUAGGCCUGAUCCUGCAAAUACAAAAGAUCGUGCUGAGAUAUAUUGAUGGAAAAAACUCACCUUCCUCAUGAGCUAAUCAAAUAUAUCUUCCAUGCUUGAUUGUUGGGCUCGAAUAGACUAAAAGAUGUCAAUCUUUAGCCUAUAUAAAGCCCCCAAUUCAUCAAACCUCAUCAUCAAUCCAUUCUUGGAGCAAAAAAUUCACUUUUUAUAUUUUAUUUUUUGCAUUCUCUUGAAGUGUUGGAGAAGAAGCCAUUUCUCUCCUCUACAAUUGGUUCUAGGGGUAUCAUAAAUCGGCGGUAGAAAGCACUGCGGCUCCAUCAGAGGCGCAGAAGCACCAAGUCCACAGUCCGAGACUGACCCCGACCACCGAGGUCGGGAAAACACCAGGCUCAGAAAUCAGCCGAACUCGGUGAAUAAUGAAGUCAGCCUACCCCGACCCCGACCCCGAGGUCGGGAGAACAUCGGGCUCAGGAAUCAACUUAACUUGACAAGUUAUGAGCCCGACCUCGAUGCACCCGAGGUCGGCACCAAGUCAAGACCCGAAAGUCAAACAUUUGGUCAACGAUGGUCAAGCACCAGGCAGUCAACUAUCGUCAGCACAGGAACAAAGGGCAAAAGGGCGGAUCCUUUCAACACGAGCCCGAGCUCCCAGAUAUCGACCUCAGUGGUCCCCAAGGUCAGGAUAAAACGCCAUGUACUUAGAUAGAAUCCGCAAGGAUUCGUCUCACAAGGAGACACCGCCGCGUCACUCUCUGCGCCAAAGGAAUAUUCCAGGUUAUCCACGUGCACCCACACGGGACUUCUGGCGGGAAUUCUGUUAGAAGAAUAAUCAAUCAGCCAGCUAUCAAGGGUUCUAUCUCCAAUCAGCUUUACACGUGGCCGCCCCUCAUUGAAUUGGGUUGUUAGUUUGUUAGAAUAGCUUUACAUGUGUCCUUCUUCCAUUAGACUAACAUCUUUGGCUUGGCCUCCAAGUAUUUCCUCUUUCCUUAGUAUAAAUAUCACCUUCCAACUUGUGGAAGAGGAUGCUUAAUCUAUUGCACUCUUGACACUUAUACACUGGGACUUUUCCGAUCUGUAC